UCGUUCAACAAAGCGCAGUUAGUGCUCUACCUUUCAAGAAUGGGGUUCGUUUUUAUCGUGUUGUCCUUUCUUCUCACUUUUGUGCUGAGCUAUUUGAGGCACUGUUAUACAUACUGGGAACAACAUGGAAUACCUCAGCUACGUCCUCACUUUUUGUUUGGACACUUCUCCAAGCUAAAUGCAAUUCAUACCAACGAUCUACUGCAGGAGACAUACGAUGCCUUCAAAGGCAAAUGCAAAGUGGCUGGCACUUAUAUCUUCACUCGACCCAUUGCUGUGGUCACUGAUUUGGAUCUAGCGAAAAAUAUACUCAUCAAGGAUUUUAAUAACUUUGUAAAUCGCUCGGAUCACCCUUCGCCGGAAACUGUUCAUCGAAAUCCACUUCUAGGAAAUCUCUUUAAUCUUCACGGUGAGGAAUGGCGUGGACUAAGAACGAAACUGUCUCCCACUUUUACCAGUGGCAAGAUAAAGUACAUGUUCAAUACAGUCACUGAUGUAUCUCAGCAGUUGGAGGAUACAUUUCGAUCAGAAGUUGAUUCCGGUGGAAUCUUGGACGUAAAUGAUCUACUUGGACGCUACACAGUUGAUGUGAUUGCUAGCUGUGCCUUUGGCAUAAAAUGCAAUUCUCUCAAAGAUCCACAGGCCGAAUUUCGUGUUAUGGCUAGAGAGCUUUUCUCCAACAGAAACCUUAAAAUUCGCUGGGUUCUUUUUAAGUUGAAUUAUGUAAAGCUUUUGUCAAAGUUACCUCUUCGCAGCUUUGGGCAACAACAUCUUGGAUUCUUUGUGAAUAUUAUUCGCCAAAUUUUUGAUCUGAGAGAACGUGACAGUGUAAAGAGAAAUGAUUUCAUGCAACUAUUGAUCGACCUUCGGAAAUCUGAAGAAAGCCAAGGAUUAUCCGUAGAGCAAUUAGCCGCUCAAGUUUUUGUUUUCUUUAUCGCUGGUUUCGAGACAAGUUCGAGUAACAUGAGCUACGCUCUCUUCGAAUUGGCUAGAAAUGAAGAAAGCCAACGCAAACUAAGAUCAGAAAUUCAGAGUGUACUUCAAAAACAUGGAAAACUCACGUACGAGGCAAUGAUUGAAAUGACGUACUUGGAUCAAGUUAUUAAUGAGACACUACGAAAAUAUCCAGCACUUGUUUCGCUAACUCGAGUUGCUGCUGAGAGCUAUAAAUUUAAUGAUAAGCUGACUAAUAAAGAAACAGUACUAGAACGCGGCACAAAAGUAUAUAUCCCAGUGAAUGCUAUACACAACGAUCCCGAUAUAUAUCCUGAACCCAACAAGUUCAACCCGGAGCGCUUUGAGACCGAAGCCUUUCAGCAACGACAUCCAAUGGCUUUCCUUGGAUUUGGAGAUGGACCACGAAACUGCAUCGGAUUGCGAUUUGGACGAAUGCAAGUUAAAGUGGGACUAGUCACAUUGCUGAGCAACUUUAGAUUCAGUCCCGUACCAGGCGAGCCAACAGAAGUGGAAAUUGACACCAAAAGUUUAAUCAGGCGGCCUCUAAACGGAGUUAAACUUCACAUGGAGCGUCUUGAGUCUUUCAACCCGGAGCGCUUUGAGACCGAAGCCUUUCAGGAACGACAUCCAAUGGCUUUCCUUGGAUUUGGAGAUGGACCACGAAACUGCAUCGGAUUGCGAUUUGGACGAAUGCAAGUUAAGGUGGGACUAGUCACAUUGCUGAGCAACUUUAGAUUCAGUCCCGCACCAGGCGAGCCAACAGCAGUGGAAAUCGACACCAAAACCAGCAUUCGACGGCCUCUGAACGGAGUCAAGCUUCGUUUCAUAUUCAACCUUUACAGAAUGGGGUUCGCUUUAAUAGUAUUCUCUUUAGUGCUGACAUGGGUGUUCAGUUACUUGAGGCACUGUUACACGUACUGGGAACAGAAUGGAAUACCUCAACUGCGUCCUAACUUUCUAUAUGGACACUUCUUCAAGUUAAACGCUAUACAUCUGAACGAUUUGAUACAAGAAACAUACGAUGCCUUUAAAGGCAAAUAUAAAGUGGCUGGCACUUAUAUCUUUACUCGACCUAUUGCUAUAGUCACAGAUCUCGAUCUGAUCAAAUCCAUACUUAUCAAGGACUUUAAUAAAUUUGAAAAUCGUUCGGACCCGCCAUUGCGUUCCAAUAUACAGCGAAAUCCACUUCACGGAAAUCUGUUCAAUCUACACGGCGAGGAAUGGCGAGCACUAAGAGCGAAACUUUCUCCCACUUUUACUAGUGGCAAAAUAAAGUACAUGUUCAACACAGUCACUGAAGUAUCUCACCAGCUGGAAGAGACUUUUCACUCUGAAGUGGGACUUUCCAAUGAGCGUGGUUCAAUCUUAGAAGUGUAUAACUUACUUGGUCGCUACACAGUCGAUGUGAUAGCCGGCUGUGCCUUUGGCAUUCAAUGCAAUUCCCUUAAGGAUCCUCAGGCCGAGUUUCGUGUUAUGGCAAACAUAAUUUUUGCUGAAGCAAACCAUAAUAUUCGAUGGAGUCUUUUCAAAAUGCAUUAUGCAAAGCUAUUAUCAAAAUUACCUCUUCAAACCCUUGGAUCGGGACAAAGCGGAUUCUUUGUGAAUAUCGUGCGACAAACUGUUGAGUUAAGAGAACGUGAGAAUAUUAAGAGAAAUGACUUCAUGGAUAUACUGAUUGAUCUGCGCAAGUCUGAACAUAGUAAAGGUUUAACAUUAGAGCAACUGGCAGCUCAAGUUUUCGUUUUCUUUAUCGCCGGCUUUGAGACUAGUGCCAGUAGCAUGAGCUACGCUCUCUUUGAACUGGCAAAGAACGAAGAUAUUCAGCACAAGUUGAGAACUGAAAUUCAGCAAGUUCUUAAAAGACAUGGAAAACUGACCUACGACGCUAUGAUGGAAAUGACUUACUUGGAUCAAGUUGUUAGUGAAACACUUCGAAAGCAUCCAGCUGGCGUUUCGCUUAUGCGAAUUGCUUCCGAUAACUACAAAUUGCCCUCCUAUGAUGAUAAAAUUUCCAAUGAAGAGAUUGUUCUAGAACGUGGCACUAAAAUACAUAUUCCUGUGUAUGCUAUACAUAACGAUCCCGAGAUAUAUCCUGAACCCCAAAAGUUUAAGCCUGAACGAUUCGCACCUGAAGCUUGUCAGCAGCGUCAUCCGAUGGCAUUUCUUGGAUUUGGAGAUGGUCCACGAAACUGCAUCGGACUAAGAUUUGCACUAAUGCAGGUUAAAGUGGGACUAAUUACUUUACUGAACAGUUUUCAGUUCAGUCCGGCACCCGGUGAGCCAACAGAGGUGGAAAUUGUUAGACGUGGCAUCGUCCGACGGCCCCUGAACGGUGUCAGGCUACAUGUGAAGCGGUGCCAGACUUAACAUAGGCUAAGAUUACCAGUCGCGGCAAAUGUAAAUACAAAUAAAAUAAACAAAGCGAAUUGAGAGGGUGACUGAGACUUGUUUUGCCGAUCAGCAGUAAAUUCAAUCCUCAAUCAAAACGAAUCCAUUUGGCGGUCGAUUGAAAGACAAACCGAAGAUUUAUAGACGCCAGAAAAGCAGCUGCUGAGCGAACAGCCUCAGUCCAGACGAUGGGCAAACCGAUACCUCGGAUACCUCUGGAUAGUAAAUCACACAAAUGACACACAAAAUGGGUGGCUGAAAUGGAGCCCGAGGGGGAAAAUGAGCUUGUGAGUUGACCAAAAACCAGUGUUGCACCGCACUUGAUGAACUGCCUGAAGAGACGGAGAGCAACGAAUACAGGAAGAGAGUGAAAGAGAGAGAGAGAGAGCAUGUGUGUGUGUUGCACACAUUAAUCCAAACAUUUACAAUAUUUUGCUAAUUAGCAGGAUAUGUGUGAAUAAUGAAUGCACUUGAUGUGACAUAUUGAACAAGAAGAGAGAGCUGAGAGAGUGGGGAAGGUGUUGUGAGGCAUGUGGCAUGCAACUGGCUGCUGCUGCUGCUGCUGCAUGGCAUCUCUGGUAGGUGUCAUAUUAAAUUUAUGACUGCUUUCGGUUGCCUGCCAGCCCACAACCCACAAAGCUCACGAUGUCCAGGCAACUCGGCAUUUGCUGAUUUUAGCGAUUAGUUAAGGAACAGGCAGCGGGGAAAACAAGAGAUAUAUAGAGAGAAAGAGAGAGAGAGAGAAAGAGGGAGAGAAUACUGGGCGCUCGCACGAAGGUAGCGUUGAUUGCCGAGCUAACGGUACUGUUUCACAUUAGCAGCAAAGCUGAAAUAAUGUGCAUGACAUUAAUCAAUAGAGAGCCCAACCAAGGCGAAAUGCCUGUCGUCAGAAAAUGGCCAGUACACGAGCUGAUAGGAUGACAGCCAGCAGAUUUCAUCCUAUGAGAAAGUUUCGAACUUCCCAGUAAUUUAGUAA